AUGUCCGUCGUCCCGUCCAUGCCCGCUUCCCCCCACCCCCACCUAUUUCGCCCGCCGCCGCCCCCCCCCCGGCCCCCCUUUUUCUCUGCCCCCCCACCCAGGUCCGCGGCGCACGCGUCAAGUUGUGCGAGGUCCAGCUUGAUGAUGUGAUCGCAGGAAAGUACACACCUCCCAUCGGACUGAAGGACUUUGAGGACUACCUCUGCUUCCGUACCAAAAGUGCCGAAAACCUGUGAGUGGCUUCCAAGGCGCUUUGGCUCGGCUAGGUGCUCAUGGCCAUUUUUCGGGACUGAUAUACCCACCUCCUCCAUCUUCGACCAGCUACUUUGAGCUCUGGCUCCGACACUACGCGGCGAUGUACAACAUGGCGACCCCCUCGACGCGUUCGCACGCCGACAUGCUCGCUCUCGGCGAAUCUUACCGACAGGCGCUCAACAUCUUCUUCUCUUUACAAUCCCCCCUCGAGCUCAACGUCGCGUCUGAUCUCAGCCGCAAUCUCGCGGCCGCAGUCAAGGACGUCGAACAGCAGGCGAGAAUUGACCCGUCGCGCGAGGACUUUCUCCCGCCCUCGGCAUUUGCGGCCGUGCACCACGAGACCAACGAGAGCCUGGCGCAAAGCUUCAAGUCUUUCUUGAUGCAAUCGUCGCGCAACGCCGAUCGCAACCGUGCGAGGUUCGCCAUGUUCUUGGGCGCCCUCACGUGGGUCUUGGGCCUCAUACCCACGCUUGUCUGCGCCUCCCUGGGCAAGAAUCGCGGUUGGCGUGCUCUGGGCUUCCCGCUGUGGUGGUUCGGCAUCGUCGUGCUCGUCGGUGGCCUGAAGCGCACUUGCCUGGUCAUCUACCUCUUUGGCGACAAUCGUCAGCUGUACUCGUGGGAGCUUGCUCGCGAAACCGACGUGUCAGGCUCAUCCAUCUACGGUAGCGACGUGUCGCCGAUCCUAGCCGAGAUGGAGGAAGGCAAAUCCCCCAUGUGCGACUUUGAUUCGACGCUCAAGUCAGGCGCGCCUGGCUCGCCCGACUCGGAGGCCGCACCCUCGACCUCGUCACGUCGCUCCUCUGGCCACUUCCCCGAACUCAACUACUUCCGCUUGCAACGUGCACAUUCGCUCUCGGACAAGUCGAUCACAAUGACUGCUACUACCUCGGGUGGUCUGUACUUCGCGUCCGCGCACCUCAACGAGAAGGUCUUGCCCAAGAGCUCCGGGGUCUGGGCCCCUUUUACGUGCAUCACCGAGCCCAUCGUCGCGCAAGCUCAACGCGAGAUCGUCGUCGCCGGCGCGUGCUAUGGCAUCGCCGUCAUGGUCGUCACCGGUGCGAUCUGCAUGGCCGUCCCCAACCGUCGCUAG